AUCAGUUUCCUCACGAGAUUCUGGUCUGUACUACUUCACCCCUUGAUUCACUCGCAAACGCCCAAAACUCGCCCGCCUCACUGACUCACCCCGAGCUCAAUCGACUCGGUCACCAGUCAAUUACCUCCAAAUUCAACCCCUCUUAUCUGAUUCAAUGGAACACAACCAGUCACAUCGCCAUUGCGACUCUCAUCACUCGCCGUUGAUUCUCUAGAAAUCUCAAAACCUUUUCUCUGUUGACUUUCCAUUUUCCACGAAUCAGAUGGAUCAGCUUCACUGGAUUCUGCUCUUCUCCGCACUUCUUUGUCUCGUUCGUCCUCUCGAUGCCAGCUCUGGUGACGCUGAUCCGAUUUACAAGGCUUGUGUGGACCAAUGCGAGAAAACUGGAUGCGUAGGGGAGAAUUGCUUCCAACAUUGCAAAUUUUCAUCUGACGGAAAAUCUAUUGAUGGUCCAUGGUAUCUGCAAGAGCCACUUUAUCUGCGGUGGAAACAAUGGGACUGCCGCAGCGACUGUAGAUACAACUGCAUGCUAGCUAGGGAGGAAGAAAGAGAGCAACUUGGGCAUAAGCCUGUCAAAUACCAUGGGAAAUGGCCAUUUUGGCGUGUUUAUGGGAUCCAGGAACCUGUUGCUGUUGCUCUGUCUGCCCUCAAUCUUGCCACGCAAUUUCACGGUUGGCUAUCAUUUUUCAUCCUUUUACAUUACAAGUUGCCUUUGAGGCCUGAUAAGAAGACAUAUUAUGAGUAUACUGGCCUGUGGCAUAUCUAUGGGAUUUUAUCGAUGAAUUCCUGGUUCUGGAGUGCUGUUUUUCACAGUCGAGAUGUGGAGUUGACAGAGAAGCUAGAUUACUCAUCUGCUGUGGCCUUACUUGGGUUUAGCCUCAUUGUGGCAAUACUGCGAGCUUUUAAUGUGAGAGAUGAGGCUGCAAGGGUCAUGGUUGCUGCUCCGCUGCUUGCAUUUGUUACAACACAUAUCUUGUAUCUGAACUUCUACCAACUUGAUUAUGGUUUGAACAUGAAAGUGUGUGUGAUUAUGGGUGUUAUUCAGCUUCUUGUUUGGGCGAUUUGGGCCGGUGUUACUCGCCAUCCAUCCCGCUGGAAGUUAUGGUUGGUGGUUGUGGGGGGAGGCCUUGCAAUGCUGUUGGAGAUAUACGACUUUCCACCCUUCCGAGGAUUUGUUGAUGCUCAUGCUCUUUGGCACGCAACCACCAUCCCUCUUUCAUACUUUUGGUGGAGUUUUAUCAGGGAUGAUGUGGAAUUUAGGACAUCAUCUCUCCUCAAGAAGAUAAAGUAGCAUAUCUGAAUCGAAUGCUUGAACUAAUCAGACAAUGGAAUGCAUCAAGUACAUGACAUUUUCACCCCUGUUAAUACCUCAGAACAUGCUCUCUUUUUUCCUGCUGGUUAUGCAUUUCUUUUUGAAGUGCUUAUCAUGAUAGGUCACCUUGUUUCGCAUUUGGUUUGGUAACAUUCAAAUUGUUUCCCCAUGAUACUUGGGAUACUUUUCAGUAAUGGAAUUUACAUUUCUUGUUCA